AUGUCGGAGGCGCCCUCAGGUCACCUCAGCCUCGAGCAGUUCAGGAGCCGCGUGGAAGCGAAGCCCGUAUAUGGUGCUCGCACCCAGCUGUACUUUGAGUCUCAAGGUGCACGCAAGAGGUCAGCACCGACACCGGCAGUGAGCUCCCAGGCCGCACCGCAGGAGGUUAACGACGCGGCUGCGGCGAGCAGCGCCACCGGACCGGAGACGACGACGCAAGGUUUUGUCGUGCAAGGUCCACACCUGGAGGACCACACCGCCUACCAGAUUACAGCUGGGCACAUGGGGAAGGACGUGAACAACCCCCAUGAGGUGGAGGCCUUCCUUAACUCAAAGGUGGCAACUGCUCGAGACGUCCUUCGACUGGUCAAGAAUUACCACGAAGCCAUCAUAAGGCCAGAGCUAUAUGGUGCAGUGGUACAGUUGGAAAGUGCCAUGGGAAAAAUGAUUGACCGGCUCUUCACAACGCAAGCGGAGCUGAGGUUCAUGGCAAGCGACAACCGCCAGCAACAGAAGGCGGAAAGUGGACUGAAGAUUCUGUUGACAGGGUGGCCCGUGACCAUGCCGCCCCAGGGAAGAGCGUACAUGAUCGGCUGGAUGCUGAGUCAGGUGCCGGAGAUCCGACAGCUCAUGGUGAACCGAGCCCUGCUCCCUCCUGAUGCCGACCACACCGCCUACACCCUGCAGUUCUGGUACCACGUGCUGUCGAUUGAGCCUACUACGGUGAGUCCAGAGAUGUCAGCCAUCAUGAUGAGUCCUCCGCAGGACCCAGAGAACAAAGAGGAAACUCUCUGGGUCCAAAAGUGGAAUGAAGUUAUUUGGGGCAGCCAGUGGGUCUAUGACCAGCUAGACCACACCGCCUACCAAGAGGCCAAAAAUCAGGCCAAAGCCUCAGGAAGAGGAAUUUCAUAUGGUGGUGGUCGCAAGCACUGGUCCAACAUGCUCCUGCAUAAUAGCUUCUACAGCCCCUACCCAUUUGAUUUAGAUCUUGUCCAGGCAGAAGCUGUAGCGUUUAGUUGGGACGAGUUUUGCAUGAAGUCUGGUGUCCCCAAUGAAGCUGUGGGGGACACCAAAAUGUGCACUUUUCAGGAAAAACCUGGUGCACCCAUUGUUGGUCCCAACCUAGAGUCUGAGGGUGACACGGAGAUGGGCGAUCAGACCAUGCCGCCUCCAGCAGCACCUUCACAGGGCUUUCAAAAAGCACCU